ACACAUUCAUUUUGAUGGACUUGGGAGGACGAAGGAUGACAUCAUCAUUUGUGAAAUUGGAGAUGUUUUUAAGGCUAAAAACCUUAUUGAACUCGUGUCCGGCUGGGUCCCCUGAGCCCGUUCCAGAUGCCAGCUGGUGUCCCCGCCAGGUGCCAGACCCAGCACCGGAACCCCACGCCCAGGGAUGGACACAGUGAUGCUCUGGCCUCCCUCACUUUCGAGCCCUCAGCGUCUGUGAGUGCCACCGGCCUGGCAGAAAGACAAGAUUCUGCAGGUCCUCAUGGACCUGGUCCGGGAGGCCAGGCGCCGGAACAUUGGUAUCCUGCAUCCAUCCUUCAACCUGGGCAGGUACAUCCGAAACCAACUCCAGCUCUACCUGCCGGCCAACGUGCACCAGAUAGUCUCGGGCAGAGUGAGCAUCUCGCUCACCAGGGUGUCGGACGGGGAGAACGUGCUGGUGUCCGACUUCCACUCCAAGGAGGAGGUUGUGGACGCCCUGCUUUGUUCCUGCUUCAUCCCCUUCUACUCUGGCCUCAUCCCUCCUGCCUUCAGGGGCGAGCGAUACGUGGACGGAGGGGUGAGUGACAACGUCCCCUCCAUCGACGCCAGGACGACCAUCACGGUGUCCCCCUUCUACGGGGAGCAUGACAUCUGUCCCAAAGUCAAGUCCACCAACUUCCUGCACGUGAACGUCACCAACCUCAGCCUGCGCCUCUGCCUGGGCAACGUCUACCUCAUAACCCAAGCAAUCUUCCCCCCGGACACCAAGGUGCUGGGAGAGAUAUGCGUUCGCGGGUACCUGGACGCGUUCAGGUUCCUGGAAGAGAACGGCAUCUGUAGCAGGCCCCAGCGUUGUCUGAGCCUGCUCCCCACAGAGCCGGCACCGGAGGCCCACGCGCCGCACGGGGAGGGCACCAGCCGGGAGCCGUCCCCCGGGCCCGAGGGGGACGAGCUGCUGGAGCACCUGCGUGCCAGCAUCCUGCCCUGGGACGACGGCGUGCUGCAGACCAUGUCGCCCAGGCUCACCGCAGUUCUGAACGAAACGAUUAAAGACAGAGGUGGGUACCUGAGCAAGAUCUGCAACCUGCUGCCCGUCAGGGUCGUGUCCUACGUGAUGCUGCCCUGCACCCUGCCCGUGGAGUCCGCCAUCGCCGCCGUGCGGGGACUGGUGCUGUGGCUCCCCGACCUCCCCGACGACGUCCAGUGGCUGCAGUGGCUGGUGUCCCAGAUGUUUGCCCGCUUGACCUCGUGUCUGCUGCCUGUCUCCAGAUCCCAAAGGCGGAUGAGUGGCCAGCACGCUGCCCUGCAGGCCAGAACAUGACUUGCUGGGCCCCUGUGUCCGUGCACCUGGACGCCUUCGCCAGUAGGGCCGAAGCCGGGGCUGCCGGGCCCUCCGUCCUCGGGUCCGGCCUGAGCUGCUCGGGGAGCAGAGACCUGCUGGGCGCGGCGCUCUGUCUCCCUGUGUCCAGCGGGAAGAGCCUCCGGGGCAGGUCUGGGAACUGUGUGUGCAGCUACGUCUGCCCACAGUCUCGGGCGGGAGCCAGCCCCCCGUGCUGACCCCAGGAUGGCCUUCAGAGCCCCGCUGAGGGGUGGACACUCCCACUGGGGGUGGCCGGAGUGGCUGGUGAUUGGGGUCUGGCCUGGCCUCUGUGCCAUCUCGCGGGCUGGAAGGAUGACAGGGGCCACGUGUCCCCCUCCCCUGCAGGAAGGCGUCCGAGCACUGGGGAGGCAGGGUCGGUCCCAGGAGGGCGCCCCACCUGUCAGGUGCUCUUAGAAGACAGUCGCUCAGGACAUUCUCAGAACACGUUUCUGGCUUAGCUAAAAUAUUUUGCAAAGAGUUUCAUAAAAUAAGCACAAGGGGGUUUCUUCCUUUGUCGGGUCGUGUGUUCUGUCGACCCGGGAGUUAAUAAUCAAUAAAUCCACCUUGGAAAGCCUCUACAGCGCACGGCAGCCCCGACCCCCAGGUGCAGCCAAGCACAGAGCCCGGGUUCACUUCCUUUCUUCCCUGGACGUGAACUUGGCUCGUUUUCCGCAAGCUCCGGCCGGGUUCUUUUUCUCUUGUGUUCUCUCCGUCCUGUGUCCCCCAGCCUUAGCACCGGGGAGCUCUCAGCAGGGAGCCCGCCAGCUCCCCAGGUGGGGUAACUUGUCAGCGCGCCCAUGACCGGGGGGCACGUGUGUGUUGUCUGACCGUGUGUGGGAGGCUAACGACGCUCACACUCCGGGUGCUGGCCAGGGCAGUGGGCAGCCUCCGCAGGUCCUGGCCAUCUGCAGCGGGAGAAGCAGCAGUUCAGGCCAGCACUUCGUCCAGGCCGGUCCCUUGGGCAGUGGCGCUCCUGACACAGCUCCACGUAGGCUCAUUCUCCGGCUGAGCAGCGGGAACAGGAAGCCCCCAUGGAGGGGCCGGGGCUGCAGUUCUGGGUUUACGCCUGGCUCGGCGCCUGCUGGGAGGUCUGGCUGACCGCCGGGGCUCCUCUGGCUGCUCGGACCACAGUGCGGGUGCAAGGCCCCGUCUGACCCCGGCUGGGUGCUGGCUGCUCAGCCCCCUGUCCUUCCACAGUGCCCAGUAGCUUCUGGAGUUCGGACACGUCAGGCAGGUGCAGCGAAGCCUUCACGGUAUUCUGUACUUGCCGGUGCUAUUUCCAUAGAUGGAUGUAGACGCUGGGUGUCUCGUCAGCACCGGGAAACGCGACGUGGGAUUCCGUGGGACUCGCCGUGGUUUGUUUAGAAGUAUUCAGUCUUCCUCCCCUGAGUGUGUGUCUUAUCCUUGAAGAGACUGUGCCGGGGCAGGCGUUUGGCCCGGUGGGGAAGCCACUGCUCGGGACGCCCACAUCCCACCUCGGAGGGCUGCGUUCAGUUCCUGGCUCCGGCUCCCGACUCCAGCUUCCGGCUGGUGCAGACCCUGGGCGGAGCAGCGCUGGCCCCAGUGCCUGCGUCCCCGCCACCACCACGGGAGACCUGGAUUGAGGUCCUGGCUCCCAGCGUCAGCCCCUGCCCAGGGCCACUGUGAAAUCUGGGAAGUGAACCAGUGGAUAGGAGCUUUCUCUCUCUCCCAGAUAAAUGAGUAACUGUAGGAAACGUGUGCUCUGAUAGGUUGAGGAACGUGUAAGAGAAAUGGCCGAGCCUUCCUCCACACCGGUGCCUCAGGUGCCCCCCCACCUCUGCCGAUUCUCAACACCCACGCAAAGCCUCCUACCCCCCCCCCCCAGGCUUCUGCCCUCAGAACUGUCCCCUCGUGCAGUACUGAAUGUCAGAGAGCGGCUGUCUCCAGCAGCUGGUGUGGAGCAGGGCUGUGUGUGUGCAGGAGUGAGUGUGAGGGGCAGUGAGGAUGUGUGUGUGCAGUGAGCGUGUGUGAGGGGCAGUGAGCGUGUGCAGCCGUGUGUGCAGUGAGCGUGUGUGAGGGGCAGUGAGCGUGUGUGAGGGGCAGUGAGCGUGUGUGAGGGGCAGUGAGUGUGUGCAGUGAGCGUGUGUGCGUGGUGAGCGUGUGUGUGCAGGAGUGUGAGGGGCAGUGAGCGUGUGUGAGGGGCAGUGUGUGCAGCCGUGUGUGCAGUGAGCGUGUGUGUGUGCAGUGAGCAUGCACGCGCACUGGAGCCUCAGGGGACAGGCAGUGACACGGCAGCUACCACACUGCUGUCAUUCCUACCAGUGUUUUACUUCUCGGGCUGAUCUGAGUUGCCCAGAUUGCCAUGGUGAGCGACACGCGUCCCUUUCAGUAUCGAACAACACAGUAAUCGCGAUUUCUAAAAUGCUUCCUCCUGUCUCGGUGUCCUUCCAAGGAGCCCAGCUCCAUUCCCAACACCGCCGUUGCCCGUGGGUACUGCCUGGCCGGUCCUCCACGCUGCCACAGUGAGGUGGCUUCACCCGAGUCCCAGGGCCCCAGACGCUGCCUCUGCCUCCCGGGGCUGGGUUCAGCGGCUGCCCUGCCUCCUGGGAGGCCUUGCUCACUCUCAGGACCUCCAGCCUGUGGCUCUGGGGGCCUCGGGCCACCUGCCCCCUACCCACUGGCUGGUUCCAUACACCCCCCCCCACCCAGUGGAAUGGGACAGGUGUUUGGCAUGUGGUUAAACCUGGCUUCCGACUCCUGACUCCAGCCUCCUGCUGCUGAGAUCCUGGGAGGCAGCAGUGAGGGCCCCCCAACCCCCACCCCAACCAGUAGGCCCCCAUGGCCGUCUCUGGAGUCUGGCCUCGCCCCUGUCGCCCUGGCUCCCACAGCAGCGUCCCCUGGGCUCAGUGGCCUCAGGCCUGUCCACCCUCCUCGUUACUGCCAGGGCUCACCCCAGGCCCACCCACACCCGGCACCCAGCACCUGUCGCUCCUCCAGGGCCUGGGCCUCUGCCCUAGGUCCCCCUGCAGCUCAGAGCCUCCCUCCCGGGCCACCUGCUCUGCCACUGUGCAGGAUGCUGUCCCAUAGCCUCCUCUUGCCGUCACCUUUGCUCGCUGGGGUCCAGGUCCAAGGCGACAAGCAGGGGGAGGGCCCCGGAGCCACUGAGAGCAGCAGCCUCCCGGCCGCCAGCCAGUGCGGCUUGAUGGUCCUGCGGGGAGCCGCAUGCGUUUGCCAUCUCCUUUGUGUGCCUUCUCCUUUGUGUGCCGUUACCUUCUUCGCAAACCACGUUCCCAAGUUCCCGUGCGGUGUGGCUAGGUGGUUCUCAGGACAGGCUGGGUUAUGCCGUACUCGCAAAAACCCCAAGGGGCCGGUGCUGUGGUGCCCCGAGUGGGUAAAGCCGCUGCCUGCAUUGCCGGCAUCCCAUAUGGGCGCCAGUUCAAGUCCCAGCUGCUCCAUUUCCAAUCCAGCUCUCUGCUAUGGCCUGGGAUAGCAGCAGGAGAACUCCCAAGUGCUUGGGCCCCUGCACCCACUUGGGAGACCUGGAGGAGGCUCCUGGCUCCUGGCCUUGGAUCAGCGCAGCUCCAGCCAUUGCGGCUUACUGGGGAGUGAACCGGUGGAUGGAAUACCCCAUCCCCCGCCUCUGCCUCUCUGUAACUCUGCCUUUCAAAUAAAUAAAUAAAUAAA